AUGAGUGGGUGUUUCUUAGAGGACGGUGCAGAACUGAUGCGUAACGAGUACGUUUUGUUGACGCCGCUCUUCAGUGUGCUGACGGGCAUAACCAUAUGUGGGUUUGUUAUGAACCGGUACUUGAGAGAGGAGGCUCUAGCCAAGUACGUUCUCCAUCACACAGACAAUGUUCUGGUGACGCAAUUCAAGGAAUUAGAGGAUGCGCUAGGUGAGCGACGGGACGUUGAGCAGGAGAGAAACAGGCUCUCUGCACAGGACAACUAUGCCCAAUGGACCAAGCUCAAUAGGCGUGUGGAGAAGCUCAACGAGAAGGUGGAUGUACUCUCGAGGGAGAUGGAAACGUAUAGACGGGGGCGGAUUGACCAAUACAGGAGGUGGAUCAAGUACGCUGUGCAUGGUCCGCAGUAUUUCGUCAAACUAUGGUUUGCGAACCGGCCUGUUCUUUAUUGGCGGGGGGGUUUGACAACGUCCAACAAUUGGCUCACUUGGAUGACGGCGUUCCCCUGGGGGGAGAAGGACUCUGUGACGGGUAUGUUUUGGAUCGUGGCAUUAGAACGGCUCUUGACGGUGCUUGUGUCGUUCAAUGAGGACGUGAGUCGGUACCGGGAGUUGAGGAGGUGUUCCUCUAGCAAGAAGGAUCUCUAA